GCCAAGCCAAGUCAUUUCGAUCUCUCUCUCUCUCUCAAAUUCAUCGCCGAUGGGAGCUUCUCAGAGUAGCGAGGGCUUCGAUGUCUCCGACUCUGAGUACGAAGAAGACGAUAGACCAGAACACGACUGCGAAGAAGAAGAGCAUGAUAACGAUAACGACGCUAAGUCGUCCCCCAAAUCCAGAUCCAAAGCAUUGGUGAAUCAAUUUUACGAGGACUUCAUGGAGGAGUUUGAGGAGGCUACUGAUGGGCGAGUGGUGAGCCUGACAUUGGGUGCUCUUGAUCAUAGUUUCUUGGUGAAUGACAAAGGGAUUCAAGUUUACCGAAAUUUUAGCCGUGGGAUCUAUGGGAAUGGUGUGUCUGUGAAAUUUGAUGGUAGUAAUUUGGUUGGAAGUUCGAAUUCAGACCAAUUAGCGGCAAGUAAAGCAAUAUUGAUGAGGGCAGAAACUGAUAUGCUGCUGAUGAGUCCAAUGAAGAAAGGAAGACCACACGCGUCAAGUCUUCACCAGCUUGAUCUCGAGACUGCUAAGAUUGUCAAUGAAUGGAAAUUUGAGAAGGAUCGAGUCGAUAUCACUAUGAGGGAUAUCACAAAUGAUACCAAGGGAUCACAAUUGGAUCCUUCCAAUUCGACAUUUCUGGGAUUAGCUGAUAAUAUGAUUUGUCAAUGGGAUAUGCGUGACGGGAAAGGAAUGGUUCAAAAUUCUCCAGUGUUGCAUUGGAACCAUGGCUAUCUAUUCUCUAGAGGAACAAAUUUUCAGUGCUUUGUAACUACUGGAGAUGGUUCAAUAUUUGUAGGGUCUCUUGAUGGAAGAAUACGGUUGUAUUCAAAGACAUCAAUGUGGCAAUCAAAGACUAUUUUUCCUGGGCUAGGCUCUCCUAUCACCCAUGUUGAUGUUACUUAUGAUGGCAGGUGGGUGCUAGGCACUACUGACACUUAUUUGAUACUGAUUUGCAACUUACACACGGCUAAAGAUGGGGAAACGGAAGAUGGAUUCAUGGGAAGAAUGCCGAGACUGUUGAAGUUGUCUCCUCAGGAUUCACAUCUAGCUGCCAUAAACAAUAAGUUUCAUGGUGGCCAUUUUUCUUGGGUUACUGAGAAUGGCAUAAAGGAGCGUCACCUUGUUGCAACUGCGGGUAAGUUUAGUGUGAUAUGGAGUUUUCAGCAGGUGAAGAACAGUGUUCAUGAAUGUUAUAGAAAUCAGCAAGGGCUUAAGAGCUGUUAUUGUUAUAUGAUAGUUGUGAAGGAUGAGUCAAUUGUAGAAUCUCGAUUCAUGCAUGACAAAUUUGCUGAUAGUGACUCUUCAGGAUCUCCAUUGGUUGUGGCAACUCCCAUGAAAGUUAGCUCUAUUAGCUUGUGUGGAAAACGACCUCGUUUGUGAAAUCUCAACCUUUGUUGUCUAUCUAUUUCUCAUGUUUUUCCGUGUUUCAUUCAGGGGUGAAUAGUAAUUGGUCAGAUUUUUAAUAGGCUAUUAAUUUCUAUUGAAUCCAUCCAUACUAGUUUUGUAUUUAUGUAUACAGCCAUUGUUUGUAAUGUGAUAACAGAAUUUAGUUUGUUUCA